AACUUAAUUCACCAUAAUCAUUGUAGAACGGAAAAGGGAAAUCCCCGAGGUUGUUCACUCAAGAAUAAGGUAAUAACCAGGAAGGAAAACAAAAUGGCGAACAGGGAUAGACCGAAGAAAGAGUUCGGUGGUGUUUUGGGCAUGUUACAAGUUGUUUUCCCGCAGCAAAAGCUUGUAGUCGAUAAAAAGACAAUAGAAAAAUCAUGGAAAUUAAUGGACAAGGUUGUGAAAUCGUGCCAACAUCCGAGAAUGAACCUAAGAAACAGUCCUCCAUUCAUUUUGGAUAUCUUACCUGACACUUAUCAACACUUGCGAUUAGUGGCAAACCGAUAUGACGAUAAAAUAAACACAUUAAACGAGAAUGAAUAUUUUAGAAUAUUUAUUGAAAAUUUAAUGAACAAAUGCAAAAAUACAAUCAAGCUUUUUAAAGAAGGAAAGGAGAAAAUGUUUGAUGAAAAUUCACAUUAUAGAAGAAAUUUGACAAAACUGUCACUUGUGUUUUCGCACAUGCUUGCAGAAUUAAAGGCCAUCUAUCCCAAUGGCACAUAUGCAGGCGACACAUUUAGAAUAACUAAAGCUGAUGCUGCUGAUUGGUGGAAGGAUUCUUUCGGAAAUAAAACGAUUGUUUCCUGGAAGAUAUUUAGACAGACCCUUCAUGAGUGCCACCCUAUCAGUUCUCCAUUAGAGGCUAUGGCUCUUAAAUCCACAAUAGAUUUGACCUGUAAUGACUUUAUAUCUAUAUUUGAAUUUGAUGUGUUCUCAAGAUUAUUCCAGCCAUGGAUUAAUUUACUACGGAACUGGAAUGUUUUGGCGGUGACGCAUCCUGGUUAUGUAGCUUUCCUAACAUAUGAUGAAGUCAAGGCUAGACUUCAGAAAUAUGUUGGAAAACCUGGAAGUUAUGUGUUCAGAUUAAGCUGUACCAGAUUAGGACAGUGGGCUAUAGGAUAUGUCACAGCAGAAGGUCAGAUCCUACAGACAAUACCACAGAAUAAAUCCCUUUGUCAGGCAUUACUAGAUGGCCAGAGAGAGGGAUUUUUUAAAUAUCCAGAUGGCAGAAGUAUAAACCCAGACUUAAGUUAUUUAGUUCAGGACUCACAGGAGGAUCAUAUAAAAGUUACCCAGGAGCAGUACGAACUUUACUGUGAAAUGGGAUCAACUUUUCAGUUAUGUAAAAUAUGUGCAGAAAAUGACAAAGACAUUAAGAUUGAACCAUGUGGUCAUUUAUUAUGUACGCCGUGCUUAACACAAUGGCAGGACUCUGAUGGUCAGGGAUGUCCCUUCUGCAGGUGUGAAAUCAAAGGUACAGAGCAGGUGAUUGUUGAUCCAUUUAAUCCACAUCCACAGAAGCGGUCACACAUGAUGAUAGUCACCCAUGACGACGAUGAUGAUGAUGACCAUGUCGUAACGAAUAGUGCACAGGCCCCUGCGACAAGUAGUCCAGUAUCGUCCGGUGUUAGUUCAGGGACUAAUAGUCCACAGGCCUCUGGGUUAAGCCCUACAAAUGCUAGUGGAGGGUUUAACCCUACACUUGGGAUGAGAUCAUCACCUUUUGAUUCUCCUGGAGUAGGGAAGAGAGACUUACCCCCACCACCACCACCAGUGCCACCCCGACGUUCAUCACCAGUUCCAUCACCUACAGUUUCACCAACAUCAUCACCUAGACCACCAUGGCCUGAGCCACUCAGUCGGAGACAGCUGCCUCCUACUCCACCUUCUGAAGAUAAAAAUAUUAUACCUCAACCUACCAAUAAAACAGUAUGUACAGAUCCUGACGGGUCAGGGCCAAGGCCACCAGGAAUAUCUUACGCUGAAUUACGUUACGAUGUCCCAGCAUCCUCCUCCUCAUCAUCCUCACAUCCAAACACAGCAAAUAAUUGUUUAUAUCUGUCUCAGCCCGAUACAGACAGCACAAUGAUGGACGAAUCACAGCCAGAUGAAUAUUCAGUGCCAAAGGGAGGGACUAUUUUCUCCCUCACAGGUAAAACACCAGUACACAGGGUACCAACUGAUUACGACCUUCCACCAUUACCUGCACCCAGGAAAAAUCUACCAGGAGAUCCAUAUAAAAAGGGAGAUAACUCGGAUAUACCUUUACCCGUACGAAAUCGUGAUAGCAGGGAAAGAUUAAAAGAAAAUUGUGAUAGUAAUAAAGAAAACAGUGUUGAUGAACAAUCAGUGGACCAUUUAGUACAGAAAGGUUAUGACCGGUUACGAGUGGUUGAUGCACUUAGAGUAGCCAGAAAUAAUUUACGAAUGGCAGAAGACAUUUUGGAGACUUUUGUUAGAAAUUAACACCCCAUAUUUAAUUUCUACUGUUUAUACAAUUAUGAUUUGUCACAGAGACCUUUUGUUUUGUUUUUUCCAUAUGUUUGUUUUCCAAUCAAAUAGUUUCCAUAACAGAGUUCAUAUACCCAUAUUUUUCAUAUUUUUGAAAAAUAUUUUGAUAGAUUUAUUAUAUGUGAUACUCAAAAGAUUAACAAAAGAACCCCAAAUGAUACAAUUCAAGGCUGACUGAAAAAUGUUUGUGGGGAGUCCUCUUAGAUGUUUUCACUGGUGUUCCUCAACAUGUUUUCACCCACCAUUAAAAACUGGCCGCCAUGAAAUAGCCCAAAUGUGGCGCUAAAAUCAAUCAAUCAAUCAACAUGUUUUCUCAAAUAGUUUGCCAAAUCCCUAAUUGCGAUACUCAUGAAUUAAUAGUGCUAACUAUAUAUAUCACUGAACGAGAUAUAUUUUUUAUGAGAUGAAGAAAAACUCUUUUUUUCACAAGAUGAAGAAAAAGUUUCUUUGGCAAUUUUUUGUUGAACUCGGGGCACAUUUUUCCAGUCAUUAUUAACUUUUAUAAGUGGGCAUAUUUUACCACAAAUUUAGUCUCAAAGGGAGGCAAUCUUCCUAAUAUCAGUGCAAUAAAUUAAACUUCUCUUUCAUCAGCCCCUUAUAUAUAGAUAUGUUAUUUAUUUGAUAAGUUUUUUUGUCUUGCUUGCUAUGUAUUUAGAAAAUCCAAAAAAUAAUAUUCAGAAAGUUUAACUAAGAAUUAAAUCUUCACUGAUUGCUCAAUAAGCUAUAUAUUUCCCAUGACUGCUAGUAGGUUAUUGUUAAAAAGUUGAAAAUCAGUAUUCAUAUUUAAAAUUUGAAAAUUUAAAGAAAUGUCAAAAUUGAAAAAAAAUACCUGUAGCAGACGGCAUGAUUAUCUGGACUACAUGCUACCUUGUUAUCUUAAAAUCUGCUGGCAGAAAUCAGAUUUAUUUGUUUAUGUCAGUGACAUAAAUGUACUCUGUGUCCCUAUUUGGGUGACAUACAUGUACUCUGUGUCCCUAUUUGAUGACAUACAUGUACUCUGUGUCCCUAUUUGGUGACAUACAUGUACUCUGUCCCUAUUUGGUGACAUACAUGUACUCUGUGUCCCUAUUUGGGUGACAUACAUGUACACUGUGUCCCUAUGUCAGUGACAUACAUGUACAUUGUGUCCCUAUGUCAAUGACAUACAUGUACACUGUGUCCCUAUGUCAGUGACAUACAUGUACAU